UCUCUCUCCUCUUGUACAUCAAUUCUUCUUGGAUAUCGUCUCUCCUUCUUCAUUACUCAUUUCUUCUUAGAACAUACGCUUGAUUUACUUCUGUUCCAUUUUUGUUUCAUCUUCGUUGAUUGUUUCGUUUGACGUGUGCAUAUCAAAAUCGUGUUUCAACUUGAUUCUUGGAUAUCUUGAGAAAUUGUUCGCAUCAGGAGAAGAAGUUCUUGUUAGUUCCAACUCCUAAAACAGGAGAAACGAAUAUAGUAACGGUUUUCACGAUCGAGAUCGCCGGAGCUAGUAAGUUUAUGCAAUUUUCAUACGCUAGUUACGGUUUUUGGCUCCAGUUUCGUCAAAAUGCAGAGGAAUUUGUUUGGGCGUUGAAGAUGAAUGCGUGUUCUUGCGAAAUCUGAUGAACUCGAAAACGGUUGUAAGGUGAAUAAAUCAAUUUGUUGCUGCUUUUAAACUCAACUGCUCUUGCCGAAACUCUAGGGUUCGUUUGAGUACAUUGCUCUGGAUUUUCUCUUUUCUACAAGAUCUGCGGUUUAGAAUCCAGAUUCCAGUUGCGGAAUUCUUGAAGUAUCGUAAGGGUUUGUCUGUGGAAUGUUCCUUGAGACAUGCAUUAGCGCUCUAUAGUUGCUUAUUUGAAUUUUGAUUUUCAGUUAGCCAUUAAAUCACACACAGAGAAUCCAGUUCUUGCCAGUUGUUCCAAUUUUCAAUAAUCUGAAGCAUCAAUGGGGACUCAAUUUCGAAGUUUAACGAUACUUGUUCUGCUUAUUUGCUUCCUCUGUUGGCCAAGAGUUGGAUCUCCAUUAUCUAAUUCUGAAACAAAGCCUGCAAGGGCUCUUGAUACGACUCUCCAGGAAUACGCCUACCGUGCAUUCUUCCAUCCACGUACUGGUAUUCCGUUUGAUGGACUCGUUCCUCCCUAUUUGACAGGGAUUGAGAUAUCAGCAAUGAGACUACGAAGUGGUAGCCUAUUUCAUAGAGGUGUUGAAACGUUUAAAGAGUUCAGAAUCCCCAUUGGCGUAAGAGAGCAACCAUAUGUGGAGAGACUUGUUCUGGUGUAUCAAAACCUGGGGAAUUGGUCCACUACAUAUUACCCUUUACCUGGUUACACUUAUCUAGCUCCUAUAUUGGGUCUUCUUGCUUACAAUGGUUCAGACUUAUCAGCUACUAAUCUACCUGAACUGGAAUUUUGGGCUUCCGAUGAUGCCAUCACAAUAAAGUUUGGACAAAUAAGGUCAAAACCUGAAGGUUCUGGUUCUCAUCCCAAGUGUGUCUGGUUUGAUCUACAUGGUCAGGUCAAUUUCACAGAUUUAGUAUCAGACAAUCAAUGUUUGACUUAUGAACAGGGGCAUUUCUCCAUUGUAGUCGAAUCCCCUCCCCCUUCUCCUCCUGCAACACCUGAAGUUUCUGCAUCACCUGAAGAAACUGCAUCUAGUAGUAAGUUAGACAACAUGCCUAGAGUGUGUGCUAUUGUUGGCAUAGCAGGUGGUGGAAUCAUAUUGGUGGUGUUGUUUGCAUUGCUGAUAUUAUGGGCAUGGAGAUACAAGAAAAGAAAGAGAAUCCAAGAACUAGAAAGAGCUGCAAAUUCUGGUGAAGCAUUACGCAUGACAAGAGUUGGGAGCAUGAGAGUUCCAUAUGCCAUGGCUACAAGAACAAUGCCAGACCUUGAAAUUGACUUUACUGCUUGACUUCUUCUUCUUCUUCAUCAGGUCAUGCUUCUUUACAUAUUCUGUAGGUGUACUCAAAUCUUAUAUCUUUGUGCGUUUAUAUUCUAGUUCUAGGGUAAUUGUGUAAAUACACCAUUCAUACAUUCAUCAUGCAUUAUGUGCAUCUUGUAAGCUCGGGUCCAUUCUUGUUGAAUUUUGAACAAGGAAUAAACUUGUUUCAUGGGAUUUA